CUCCUGCACAUGCAUACCCUCUUCUCUCUUCGCAAGCGCGCUUGACGCAUUCGUGACUCGCGUCGCUUGCUUGCCGAGCGAGCGGCCCAUACGUGUGACAGCCAUGGCUCGCGCACGUCUCUCGCUGCUUGAUCUGCCGGGCCCCUCGUCGCUGCCCUUCACGCUGGCCCAGCUGCUGUGCGACGCCGAGCCGCACGCCGACGGCCUCACGUCGAGCAUCCUGCGUGCGCCGCUGCCCGCCGCGCUGCCCGCCGCCGCAGCCGCCGGCGGGCUCGCGCGCUGGCUCGCGCUCAAGCGCGUGGCGCGCGAGGACGAGGCGGCGCCGCACGACGUCGUGCGAGAGGCGCAGCUGCUGGAGCACUCGCACGGCGCGGCGAAUGUCGUGCCUUUACUCGGUGCUUUUGUGGACACGUCAGAUCCAUGGUGCAGCUGGAUCUAUCUCGUCGAGCCGCUCUACCCUCUCACGCUAGCCGACGCUCUCCGCAUCCCACCACAAGGUCUGCCGGCAGAUUGGCAAGGCUCCAUGGGCCGCGACUUCGGGCCGGCAGCGCUGUGCGCCGACUGCCACACGGCGCGCUUCCGGCAUGGCGUGGCCGCAGGCCUGCUCGCCGGCCUGGCGCACCUGCAUGCUCUCGGAAUAGCGCACCGCGACAUCAAGCCCUCCAACAUCCUACUCAGCGCAAAUGGAGAGCCACGCCUGGCAGAUCUGGGCACUGCGUGUCGCAGCAGCGCGCGCUCGCACACCAUGGACGUCGGCACGCGGGCAUACCGCGCGCCGGAGCUGCUCUUCGCACCCAGCAGUGGCUACGACGGGCUUGCCGCCGACGUGUGGUCAGCCGGCACUGUUCUGGCGGAGUUCUGGACUCCCAUGCGCCAGACGACGCCACGCGUGCAGACGGCGGCGGCGCCGCCGCCAUGGGAGCAAGCGCUGGCGAGCGAAGAAGCUUGGGCCAGGCUUGAGCGACAGCCGCAGCGGCAGUCUGAGAGCGUGGACUGGCAGGUCGACGACGACGAAGACGACGACGCAGACGACGACGAGAUGGUUGUGAGCGACACGGGCUACGUGCGGACGACGCUGUUCGACGAGCGUGGAGACAUUGCGCUCGCCGGGAGCAUCUUUGAGCUGCUAGGCCGUCCCAGCGACGACAGUGCUUGGCCUGAAGCCGUCGACUUCUGUCCCACGCUUCAGCGCAUGCCCUUUCCUGCACGUCCGCCUGCGCAAGGUGGCCUGCGAGCUCGAUUGGGCUUGGACACGAGCGUCGAUGCGUUCGACGAGCGCAUCCUGGCCUUCUGCGAGGCAGCCCUCGCUCUCUCCGCCAGCGCUCGGCCCACGUCUGCACUUGCCCGCGCCUUGCUCGUGGACGCAGAGGAAUGA